AUGGCCGCAACUCAUGGGAUAGCAACUCACCUUCCAGCAGACCCGAUGGCUAUUUCAGUGCCUACAUUGGAUGAUGAGGUCCGGGAAUAUGAAAAGAUUUUAACCAUCAGUGAUCAAAUCUUUUCGGGCAACCAUCCGCGUCUCAGUGUUCCGCAACAUCUCGUGCGCAAAUCUGGGCAAACCGCCCAAAAUGUCCCUCUUCGGACUCAUUUACCUAAGAACCCCCUUUCGAAGGAAGUCGUGGACAGUGCGCCCGUGGCUUUGAAGAACACGAGGCAACCUUACAUUAGUCCGCAGAGUGCCUCGGCCAGAAACACCUUGUCCGCAGCACCACAACCCGCCCGUGUGGCAUCAAAACCUACAUCCGAGAUCGAUCCCAUUUUCUUGACCAAGUCGGACGACUUGAUCAGGGCCGAGCUACAACUACAGAGGCAGAGGUUGGAGAGGGCACUGCGUGAUCAAGCGGAUCUAAGGAAACAAGAGGCUAAACAGCGGCCCGCGGUCCAAGACACUAAGCCUGACUUCGAUGUUUCGGAAGUGUUCAAGCAAGCUCUUGAGGUGGUGAAACCAGUCUCAAUCAGUGAUGUGUCCGAGGCCAGUGGACCGGGCGCUGCUGCAAGUGAAUCCUUUGACGAAAAUUCAGUUUACUCCAGUAGAGCUCCUGACUCGCCACCCCAGGCUGGCAAACAGCAGAAGUCGUCUCCAGUGGCUACGCUUGCACAGACAGCAACUGCUGCUCAUGUUCCGGUAAACCACUACUCAGAUGAGUUGCAGCGACUUGAAGCUCUCAACCGACCUGGAUCUGAUCAGGAAAUGCAAGAUGCUUACAUUGUUGCUGACCAGCGUCACUCCCAUUCUCAGAAGCAGACCAGUGCCCACAAGCCAGAGGCUCCCGUGAGCCAGCCCCACGAACCGCUUCAAGUCGAGAUGAUGGAAGAACCCGAAUAUUCUCCCCCUGCUCCAGCAGCGCCACCGGUGGAUCAUCGUGGAUAUCCCAGCGGGGUAGAAAAUGGUACUGGGAGACAAUCACGGCCAGAUGCCAGAUACGCCGACCGAACCCGGGAUGUACGCAGAACCCCGUCUCCAGCAAUCGUGAAGGUAGUCCAAAGCCACAUCACAUCACCGGUAGCUCCUCAGCCAUCUCGCGUGUCGCCUUUGGCCAUUGCCAAAGGUCCCUCCGCGCAAAUUCACGAUGGAAGAUAUGGACUUGGCUCUGAACCAGUGUAUUUGGAGCCCGGUUCUGCUCGGGGUAGCCCAAAUGCACCAGUCCCUAACAUCGUUUCCCGUAAGCGGAGAAGGCUGCGUGAAGGUGAUGAGGGGUCCCGCCAAAGCAUGUACAAAAGACAAAAUGCAGAACCUACCGAGGUGUUUAUCAAAGAGGAGCCGGUUUCGCCGCCACCAUUCGCCGAUGAUCCCAUCGUGGUGCGCGACCGACACCCGCAAGAGCGCCGCCCCGUCUACGUUGACAUCGCCUCCCCUCGAUACACUCCAGUAUACGAGAGCCGCGGCCCAACCAUGCGAGAGCCGGUUUAUGAGAUUGAUCCGUAUUACGAGGCGCCCCCAGACGCCGGACGCCAGCGUACCGUCUCCCGACUGGGCACCAGACGGCCAAUGCGCGAGGAAGCCGAUCUUCGACGAGUGGCCAGUGUACAGUAUGCUCGCCAAUCCGACUAUCCUCGUGAAUACAUUGAGGCACCAUCGCGCCCAAUUCGGGCAGCAUCAUACGUUGUGGAACGCCCCUCCCAGGAGCGACCAAGGUAUUACGAAGAAGCCCCAUACGCACAGCAUCGUUACAUUGCUGCUGAUGACCUGCCACCCCCGACGUAUCGAGAGCCUUAUUAUGAAGAAGCACUGCCGCCGCGCGUGAUGGCACCCCCUCAACGUCGGAUUGUGGUUGAUGAGCAUGGCAAUCAGUACUACGAGAUACUGCCAGCACCAAGGCUGCAGCCCAUACCUCCUCCACCUCAGCACCGAUCAGUCUCUCAGAUGCCGAAGGGUGCUUACGAGGAAAGAGUGCCCCACCGCGCGGGCAGUGUCCGUGCCGCUUCCAUUGUGCAGGAUCCCUACGGUGAACGACGCUACGUGCAAGAAAUGCCCCCGCCCCAGCCAGUCUAUAGACGAGUGAUGCCAGAGUAUGCUCGCCCUCUAACAGCCCAUGAGAGGCCAAGCUACGUUGCCCCGUCUGAAGGCCACGAACCUUACACACGGAGUGGCAGCGUCCAAGUAGCAGAGUAUCUUCCUCCUCGUCACCCAGUCUAUAUUGAUGACCGUGGAGCGCCUCAGAGGAGAUUAAUACGAACAGCCAGUGUUCAUCCCACACAGGCUCGCUAUGAAAACCCCCAUGAGGUUGUUCAGCGAGUUGGGAGUGUGCGGCCCACCGGUCCAGUUCGCGAGCCCAGCCUCUUCAUGGACGAGAGACCGGUCGUGGACUACGUUGAGAGACCGUAUCUCGUUCGGGAGCAACGGUAUUAUGACGAAGUUGAAGAGGGAGAUCGCCUUGAGCUGGAUGGUGCGAACGAUACGAUUCAGCGGGUUCCACAGCGUUACCAGUAG